AUGUACCGUUUUGCUGUACGUUGUAAGGAAGAUGUGGAAGAGUUCGUCGCCCCCACUUUUGGUAGAAUUUCGUUGAAUCGAGAAACCAUUGCACUGGUGACGGGAGGUUCUAAAGGUUUUGGGUGGCAAUUGGUUCAAAAAUUGGCUCUGAAAGGUAUAAGGGUGAUUAUUGCAGAUUUGGGGCCACCUUCCGUCGAUCUAAAUCCUAAUGGUAAUAUUGUAUAUUACCCUUGUAAUGUGGCCAAGUACGAGCAGAUAAAGGAGUUGCAUAAGACAAUCAUAAAAAAUCAUGGUAUUGUGACUCUGCUGUUUAAUAAUGCUGGUAUAACUUGUAUUUCGCCUUUACAGGAAACAUCAGACAGUGAUAUACACAAAGUGAUUGACGUGAACUAUAUUGGGGCCUAUAUGAUGAUUCAAACUUUCCUACCCGGUAUCAUUGAAAUUGGACAAGGUUACAUAGUAAAUGUAGCAUCUGUGCUGGGUAUUGCGUCUCCUGCAAGCCUGACUUCCUAUGGUGCCUCUAAAGGUGGACUCAUUGCCUAUCACAACUCUCUUAGUCAACGUCUUAAAAGGAUUAAAAUGAGACCCGUUAAAACUCUCUUAGUGUGCCCCGGAAAAUUGAGAACAGAAAUGUUUGCCAACGUACAGACACCUUCUAAAUUAUUAGCUCCCGAUGUGGAUCCUGCAGAAUUGGCAAGUCAAAUUAUAAAUGCCAUUGAUCACAAUAGCACACGAACAUUAAAUUCCCCUUACUACGUCAACUUAGUGCCUUUUAUUAAAAACCUUAACUGGCCUUAUCUGAGGAUUUUGAAAAAUCUAAGUGGAAUGGACAAAUCAACCGCUGCUGCUGCGAGAGAUUGA